UCGAUUGAGGUGAUCAAAGUUCAGUUCGUUGGGUUAAUUUAGAAUCACCAAAUCUACUGUUAAGAACUAAUUAUUAAUAAAUUAAAAGGAAUUUGAAAAUUUUUGAAUUCUGUUACUUUAUCUCCUUUUUAAGUUAAAAGGUAAAAGAUUAUUUUUCUGUGCGUAGAGCCAAAAAUCAAAUUUGAAAGCCGUCAAACUCUCGUACCUGAUGCUGGAUACAAAAAUUUCGAAUUGAAUCUCAAAGGUCUUUCCGCUUUGACCAAGAACCCACAGUCUCCAAUAUGUCGAGGGUCUACAAACUGUGCUCCCAAGUUUCAAAAAGGACCUACAGCACAACAACAUUUCCGAAAAUAACAACUCACUACACGGUUGUUCCAAGGGAAAACGAUCCACGAUGGAAGGAGGUCAACAUGGAGAGAUACGUCGACGAGACGGAUAUUCUCAUCGUCGGAGGCGGACCAGCAGGAAUGUCUGCAGCAAUUCAGGCUCGGAAACUGGCUGAAAAACAUGGCAAAGAAUUACGAGUGACCCUCGUCGAGAAGUCGGCAACAAUCGGAGGUCAUAUCCUCAGUGGUGCUUGUAUCGACCCAAUUGCUCUGAACGAACUUAUUCCAGACUGGAAGGAACUUGGAGCGCCUUUAAAAACUCCCGUCUCCCAGGACAAGUUCGCUUAUCUCACAAAAGGCGGACGGAUACCUAUCCCUGUGCUUAAAGGAAUGCCGAUGUACAACCACGGAAAUUAUGUAGUUCGUUUAGGCCACGUUGUUUCCUGGCUUGGCGAACAAGCCGAAGCAGCAGGAGUUGAAAUGUAUCCAGGUUACGCAGCAGCUGAAAUUCUCUACCACGAGGAUGGUUCCGUGAAAGGGAUUGCUACCAACGACGUAGGAAUUGCCAAGGAUGGUUCUCCGAAAGAAACUUUCGAACGCGGAAUGGAACUUCAUGCUAAAUGUACCAUUUUUGCUGAAGGCUGUCACGGACACUUAGCUAAGCAGCUGAUGAAGACCUUCAAUCUGAGGGAGAAUUGCGAACCCCAAUCCUACGGAAUUGGACUGAAAGAAGUUUGGGAAGUCGAUCCAUUGAAACACUCUCCUGGAUUAAUUGAACAUACCGUUGGCUGGCCACUGGAUAAAAACACAUACGGAGGUUCAUUCUUGUAUCAUUUGAACGAGGAUACUCCACUGAUUGCAAUAGGAUUUGUCGUGGGACUGGAUUAUCAGAAUCCUUAUUUAAGUCCUUUCAAAGAAUUCCAGAGGUUCAAGGAGCAUCCAUCGAUUAGACCGAAACUCGAAGGUGGAAAGAGGAUUGCUUAUGGAGCGAGAGCCCUCGUGGAAGGCGGCUUCCAAUCAAUUCCAAAAUUGCAAUUCCCAGGAGGUUGUUUGGUGGGAUGCACGGCUGGAUUUCUGAACGUUCCAAAAAUCAAGGGAACUCAUAACGCUAUGAAGAGUGGCAUGUUGGCUGCGGAAAGCGUUAUUGACGCUAUCAUUAAAUCCGAGACGGAAAGUUCAUCUACAAAAGGACUUGUUCCUGAAUCUUAUACGGAUAAGAUUAAAAAUAGCUGGAUUUACAAGGAGCUCAAAGCUGUCAGGAACUUUAGACCGAGCUUCCAUUCACCUCUUGGACUUUACGGAGGAGUUAUGUACUCUGGAAUAUCGAUGCUCUUAGGCGGCAGGGAACCCUGGACGUUUUCUCAUGGGGGUCCGGAUCAUGCAAAAUUGAAACCUGCGAAGGAUUGCACUCCUAUCGAAUAUCCAAAACCGGAUAAUGUUGUCACAUUUGAUCUCUUGUCAUCUGUUGCUCUCACUGGAACAAAUCAUGAAGCUGAUCAGCCUCCGCAUCUCACUCUUAUGGAUGACAGUGUACCUGUGAAGAAAAAUUUGGAGAUCUACGAUGGACCCGAAGGUCGAUUUUGUCCAGCUGGUGUUUAUGAAUUUGUCCCUCUUGAUGAUGGUUCGGGUGAGAGGUUGCAGAUUAAUGCACAAAAUUGCAUUCAUUGCAAGACUUGUGAUAUCAAAGAUCCGAGUCAAAACAUCAACUGGGUUGUUCCCGAAGGAGGCGGCGGUCCAGCUUACAACGGAAUGUAAACCUAUUUCUUCGAAGAAAAUUUGGUUCCUUCCUUUGAAGGAAGAAUUGAAAUAUCUUAAUUGAUUCAAUCUUAAUUGCUAUUGCAAAUUAAGUAUAAAAAUAAUGAGAGUUUGUGCUUGUUUGUUGGGAGUACUCGCGAUAAAUUGAGAUAAGAAAGAGACUCUAAAACAAGUGUAGUAUUGGAUUUUAGGAUUUUGAAAAGAACGUUCAGUGAGCGAAGAAAUUUAUAUAAUUAUAGAAGAACCUUAUAGUUUUUUUUCUAAAUUAUUAUACAUAAUUAGCAGAUGGUUUAGCAAAUGCUUAGGCACGCGGAAAUACUUUAAAUGAAGUAAAGUCUCUUUUAUGCACUUUUCAGUGUGAAAAUGCUUUUUUUUGUUAGUUCUUAUGUACAUAUCUAUAUUUAUCAGAAACAACAUCAUAUUUUUUAAUAACUUUUUUAUACAUAUUUUUAUAAAGUUGUUGUAACUAUUAUGUAAUAGAUUGUUUUGUAAAUACAAA